AAAAUCUAUUUCCUGCUGACCAAUCAUAAUAUCGUUGACAUUUACUUGAAUAACAUCUCCGAGUAUCAAUCAACUUCACUUAGCAUCGCUCCAAUAUGGCUGUUCGUUUGGCUGUUGUGUUGGUCUUCUUGCUAGUGGCUUUCUCAGAGCAAGAAUUCAUAAACGGAAAUCGCCUCGGCUUUCUUCUUCAUAACAAUAAUUUGAGGAACAUUCGAGGUUUUCGACGGUUUCAAGACAAUUUUGAAGGACCAAAAGAUGGACAAUGUGGGUUAGUGAACUCGGGUAGCUCACGUGUUGUAUCAGGUGACGAUGCUACCCUUGGGGAGUGGCCAUGGCAGGCUCAGUUAAGUCUUAUUCAGCCGGAGUCUGGUGAUCUCCAGUUCUUCUGCGGUGGAUCUUUGAUUGACAGUGAAUGGGUAUUGACCGCUGGCCACUGUAUACUAGACGACGACCACACCAAAUAUGUAGUAGACAUCGGAGGAAUCGAUCGCAGAAAGUUUGAAGUUUCCGAACAGAUGUUCAGGGUGAAGAGAAUAAUCAAACAUCAAUUGUACAAUGUACCUUAUAAUGAUAUUGCAUUGCUACAGCUGUCACGCAAGGCACGCAUCACGCCAUUUGUCAAUACUGUUUGCUUGCCAAGACAAGGAGAGAAAGUUCCUCCUGGAUCCAAAUGUUUCAUUUCAGGCUGGGGAAAAAUGUUUCAUCCAGGUGAUUCAGCCGAGUUUUUACAACAAGCUGCGAUGCCUGUAGUCACAAAUCGGGCAUGCGCAGAGAAGCUGGCGUCYUCACCCAACAGAGACCUCCWUCAYACUAAUAACCAGUCUUGGCACGUGACGAACGACAUGCUGUGYGCAGGGGAUGCUGGGAAGACGAAGACCAAUGGUUGCAAUGGUGACAGCGGUGGUCCGUUUGUUUGCAAGGAUAAAGAGAGUGACCGCUGGAUCCUUCAAGGAGUGGUGAGCUGGGGCGAUCCUGAUUGCUCAUCGUCCAAUCACUAUUCAGUGUUUACGCGUGUCAGUAGUUACAUUGACUGGAUCAAAAGGCAGACAGAUAGAUUWACUGAUUAAUCCGCAAAUUUGCUGCAGAAAGAAUGGCCAUAAAUAUUAGGGAUAAAUUAACAGAGAUAAAUUAAGUUUUAAUAUAAACAUAGUGGAMUUACUUCUCAUGUCUUACGGACGACAACUCUAUGCGAAUCAKUUAUAGAAAACCACUAUGACCUCUAUACUUACAGACAAUAGUCUCCUUCACGGUUCCCUGCGCCAUCUUGAAAGGUAGCCGUGCCUUUGCAUCGAAUCCAGACGGCCAUUGAGCGUUCAAUGACCGUGCAAUGAUAGAAACCUUCUUUCACUCCUACAGACAAAUAUUCACAGGUUUCUAUCAUUGCACGCUCAACGGUUGUCUCGCUUCGAUUUAAAGGCACGGCUACCUUUCAAGAUGGCGCAGGUAACCGUGAAAUAGACUACUAGUGUAAAUUAGUUGGAAGAUCCCACARUGGAAACUAAUAAARUAUAUUGUAUUGCACAAUUAACAUCA